AGCGGUAACAUUAAUCUCAGUUCGCUUAAGUAUUAAAAUCCAAACAGCCAUCAGAUAAAAGGUGGACGUCAUGAGCAUUGAAAAGGACUUUACGUUGGACUCAUUAAGCGACGAAGAUUUUUGCGUGGAUGAUGGGCUUUCGACUUCGGGUCGGAAAUGUUCAGUAGUGCGUAAGACUCGACAGUCUAUUUGUGCUCAAAACGACCAAAGGAAUUUCGAGAAAGACGAGCUUCAGUCCGAAGAUGAGACCGAUAAAUCGCGAUCAGAUGCACUUUGGGCAGAUUUUCUUGGCGAUAUUGGGACUAGCGGGAAAACAGACCCCGACAACAACGGCAAGUUAGAGGAUAUAUCGUCAAUGGACGCUAAGUGUUUUCACAGUUCGAUACAAGUACCCAAAACGGUUGAAUUCUCCGUUUCAAAUAAAAAACCGCUUAUAGAUGUUUCCACAUCUAAAUUCGGCGCAACGAAAAGAACUUUAAAUAAAACUGGCGGCGGCUAUGUUGUCAAUAAAGUAGAGAAGAAAAAAAAAAUAUCAGUCCUGGAAAAGUCUCAAAUGGAUUGGAAAAAUUUUAAAAGUGACGAGGGCUUAGAGGAGCGGCUACGUACACAUAAUAAAGGAAAGGAUGGAUUUUUGGAUCGUCAGGACUUUUUACGAAGGACCGAUUUUAGACAAUUUGAAAUUGAAAAGAAUCUGCGCAGGUCAAGCCGGCCAAACUGAAACCAAAAUUAUUGUUACAAUUUUUUUUACACACUCAUUCCUUUGUAAUCUAAUUUAACUUAUUUUUAAUAAUUCGACAUGGAUUGGCAUUGGACAAGUCGCAAGUUGUAUUAAGAAAUAUAAAACAUUCAGAUUAUAACAUAUUGAAAUCUAGCUUUAACCCUUAUGUUAGUAACCGGGUACCCCCCGCGGUAUAUCUGUGUGAAAAGCUUAAAGCAAGUUCAAUAUUUCAUUUUAAGCUCUCAAAUCGUCGUUUUUUAACUUAAAAGAAAGCUAGUUGCGAGUUCAUUUAAUUUAUAUUAUUUUUUUUUUAUUAUUUUUUUUAUGCUUAAACUUCAGCCAUCGCCUCAUUAGCAGCCGGGUACCCGGGUACCCACAGUGGAAAGCAUAGGAAAUAAAGUGAAUAAAAUUUUUAUAAAUGCA